AUGGAUGCCGAUGUCGAUCACAUCGACACCGAUGAUGAUGAUGACGAAGAUUCUGGUUUAUUCAGCAUCGCAAAUGACUGCCACAGUGAGGACGAUGACACCCUAACUGCUAAAGACAACGUUCUUUCAGCAGAGCACACGAAGCGCACUACUGUUAACAAGGAUGAAACAGCAGAGGAAUUUCUGCUGACUCGCGAAGCGGUCGUUCGCUUCGUUUAA